AUAAAAUUUGUCUUCCCUGACAACAAAGAAGCAUUUGGAUCCACUCUCUCUCUCUCUUUCAUGACUUUGACGAGAAACAAGAUUUAAGCGCACACAAAUCUGAUUUGUUUGAUUUGGAGUGAAGCUGAAUUUCGAUGGGGAGGGGAGGCCAGAACUACGGGAAGAAGGAGAAUUUGGGCGGCGGCGAGCCGUUGGAUGAGGGGGUUUUCCCGGCGUGGUCGAAGGACGUUCGAGAAUGCGAGGAGAGAUUUCAGGUGAAUCAGGAGUUCGGAUUGUCGUCCGAAGAGGCGGAUCGGCGGCGGAAGGAGUACGGAUUGAACGAAUUGGAGAAGCACGAGGGUCAGUCGAUCUUCAAGCUGAUUCUGGAUCAGUUCAACGACACUCUGGUGAGGAUCCUCCUUGUCGCCGCGGUGAUCUCCUUCGUUCUCGCCUGGUACGACGGCGAGGAGGGCGGCGAGAUGGAGAUAACGGCGUUCGUGGAGCCGCUCGUGAUCUUUUUGAUCUUGAUCGUGAACGCGAUUGUGGGGAUUUGGCAAGAGAGCAAUGCCGAGAAGGCCCUGGAGGCUUUGAAGGAGAUUCAAUCUGAGCACGCCAGUGUUAUUCGCGAUGGUAAAAGAGUGGCUAAUUUGCCGGCCAAGGAGCUUGUUCCUGGCGAUAUUGUGGAGCUUAGGGUUGGGGAUAAGGUGCCUGCGGAUAUGAGGGUCUUGAGGUUAAUUAGCUCGACGGUUCGGGUCGAGCAGGGGUCAUUGACGGGAGAGAGUGAAGCGGUGAGCAAGACUGUUAAGGUUGUCCCGGAGAAUUCUGAUAUUCAGGGUAAGAAAUGUAUGGUCUUUGCGGGGACGACUGUGGUAAAUGGGCAUUGCAUUUGCUUGGUUACUCAGACGGGAAUGAAUUCGGAAAUAGGGAAAGUGCAUUCGCAGAUCCAUGAAGCGUCUCAGAACGAGGAAGACACCCCAUUGAAGAAGAAAUUGAAUGAAUUUGGGGAGGUUCUGACGUUGAUAAUCGGUGUGAUUUGUGCGUUAGUUUGGCUUAUCAAUGUGAAGUACUUUCUCAGCUGGGAAUACGUUGAUGGGUGGCCUAGGAAUUUUAAGUUCUCGUUUGAGAAGUGUACCUAUUACUUUGAGAUUGCAGUGGCAUUGGCUGUGGCGGCAAUUCCGGAAGGUUUGCCUGCGGUUAUCACGACAUGUUUGGCACUUGGCACGCGCAAGAUGGCUCAAAAGAAUGCACUUGUUCGUAAGUUGCCCAGUGUUGAGACUCUUGGUUGCACAACUGUGAUCUGUUCUGAUAAAACAGGUACUUUGACCACAAAUCAGAUGGCUGUGUCGAAGCUUGUGGCAAAUGGUUCUAGGGCUGGUACUCUCCGAGCCUUCAAUGUGGAAGGAACAACAUACAAUCCUUUCGAUGGGAAGAUACAAGAUUGGCCCGCCGGCCGAAUGGAUGCUAAUUUUCAAAUGAUUGCGAAGAUUGCAGCAUUGUGUAAUGAUGCCGGCAUUGAACAAUCCGGGAAUCAUUAUGUAGCCAGUGGACUUCCAACUGAGGCAGCUCUGAAGGUUCUCGUUGAAAAGAUGGGACUUCCUGAAGCGUUGAAUAUUGGUUCAACUUCAGGCCUUGGUGAUGUGCUACGUUGUUGUCAAGUAUGGAACAAUACUGAGGCUCGAAUUGCAACUCUUGAGUUUGACCAUGAUCGUAAAUCCAUGGGAGUCAUUGUGAGUUCUAGAUCAGGAAAUAAGUCCUUGCUUGUCAAGGGUGCGGUAGAAAAUUUAUUGGAGAGAAGCUCAUUUAUUCAGUUGGUUGAUAGUACAAUAAUAGCAUUGGACCAAAAUUCCAAAGCUCUAAUAUUAGAAAGCCUUAAUGAAAUGUCAACAAGUGCAUUACGUUGUUUGGGUUUUGCAUACAAGGACGACCUACCCGAGUUUGCAACUUAUAAUGGCGACGAAGACCAUCCAGCUCAUCAGCUUCUACUUAAUCCAUCAAACUAUGCUUCAAUUGAGAGUCAACUUAUUUUUGUUGGUUUUGUUGGGAUAAGGGACCCUCCUAGAAAAGAGGUUCGUCAAGCAAUUGAGGACUGCAGAGCUGCUGGAAUUCGUGUGAUGGUUAUCACAGGAGAUAAUAAGAAUACUGCUGAAGCUAUUUGCCGAGAGAUUGGAGUUUUUGGACCAUUUGAAGAUAUUAGUUCAAGAAGCUUAACUGGAAAAGAAUUCAUGGAUGUUCAUGAUCAGAAAAAUCAUUUAAGACAAAGUGGAGGGCUCUUGUUCUCUAGGGCAGAACCAAGACAUAAACAAGAGAUAGUGAGGUUGCUCAAAGAAGAUGGUGAAGUAGUUGCAAUGACUGGUGAUGGAGUAAAUGAUGCACCUGCGUUGAAAUUGGCUGAUAUUGGGAUUGCUAUGGGAAUUGCUGGGACAGAGGUUGCGAAGGAAGCCUCUGACAUGGUGCUAGCGGAUGAUAAUUUCAGUACGAUAGUUGCUGCUGUUAGUGAAGGAAGAUCUAUUUACAACAACAUGAAGGCUUUUAUCAGGUAUAUGAUUUCCUCAAAUAUCGGUGAAGUUGCUUCGAUAUUUUUAACUGCUGCUCUAGGUAUCCCAGAAGGCAUGAUUCCUGUUCAGCUUCUCUGGGUCAAUCUUGUCACUGAUGGACCCCCAGCAACAGCUUUGGGAUUCAAUCCUCCAGACACAGAUAUAAUGAGAAAGCCCCCUAGAAGAAGUGAUGAUUCCUUGAUCACCGCCUGGAUUCUGUUCCGUUACCUGGUGAUUGGGCUUUAUGUCGGGAUAGCCACAGUUGGUGUGUUCAUCAUCUGGUUCACACAUGGCUCAUUUUUAGGCAUUGACCUGAGUGGAGAUGGCCAUACACUUGUGUCCUACUCUCAGCUUGCAAACUGGGGUCAGUGCCAUACAUGGGAGGGAUUCUCAGCGUCUCCCUUCACAGCAGGGUCCCAGGUUUUCAAUUUUGAUGCAAAUCCUUGUGAGUACUUCCACUCAGGCAAAAUCAAAGCUUCAACUCUCUCACUCUCUGUUUUGGUGGCCAUUGAGAUGUUCAAUUCCCUUAAUGCUCUUUCCGAGGAUGGAAGUCUACUGACAAUGCCGCCUUGGGUUAACCCAUGGCUCCUUUUGGCUAUGUCCAUCUCCUUUGGCCUGCACUUUCUGAUCCUCUAUGUUCCGUUCCUCGCGCAAGUAUUCGGCAUUGUUCCUCUCAGCCUAAACGAAUGGCUUUUGGUGCUAAUUGUUGCACUUCCAGUAAUAAUUAUCGAUGAGAUUCUCAAGUUCGUGGGCAGAUGUACAAGCGGGUUGAGGAAUUCUAGAGCGAGGAGAGGGUCAAAGCACAAAGCAGAGUGAGCUACAAGCGUCUUCUAAUUGGAGAAGAUUGAUAUAAGCAGAGAGCCUCGGGGGUUUCAACAUGGUUUUGAACUGGGUCCUGCUAUAUAACCUUCAUUCUUUUCAAUUUGUGAGGGUUAAUUUGGACUUUAGUUAGAUUCGUUAAAAACAUAAUUCAGACUUUUUUCCACAUUAAAAUCGUUGAUCAAAGGUAUUCUUUUUUCCCCUUUCUUUGAAGUGGGAACUUUACCUAUAAUUCGGCAAAAUGUCUACUGUACUAAAAUGCGUUUACAAUUAAUGUUUUGUCGAGUUACAUUUUAAAUGUUAUUAUUGGAUUUGCACUUAGAUGCA